CCCCCUGCUCAGCUCCACUACAGCAGGCUGGAGUCCCCGGCAGCACGGCGCGCAACACAACACACUGACAGCUGCGACUGACUCACAACCGGAGGGGAAAAGAUGGAGCACAGAGACAUAGACUUCAACAUAAUGCUAGCGACGGACUCAUACAAGGUAACACAUUACAAACAGUACCCCCCCAACACAAGUAAAGUGUACUCCUACUUCGAGUGCCGCGAGAAGAGGACAGAUCCUGGCAAAAGCAGAAAAGUCAAAUAUGACAAAACCGUCUUCUACGGCCUACAGUACAUCCUCUACAAAUACCUAAAAGGAAAGGUAGUGACUCCAGAGAAGAUCCAGGAGGCAAAGGAGGUAUACAGAGAACACUUCCAGGAUGACGUUUUCAACGAGAAAGGGUGGACUUACAUUUUGGAGAAAUACAAUGGACACCUGCCUAUUGAAAUCAAGGCAGUGCCAGAGGGGAGUGUCAUUCCUCGAGGCAAUGUUUUGUUCACGGUGGAGAGCACAGACCCUGAAUGCUACUGGCUCACCAACUGGGUGGAGACCAUUCUGGUUCAGAUCUGGUACCCUAUCACUGUGGCGACCAACUCCAGAGAGCAGAAGAAGAUCCUCGCCAAGUACCUCCUGGAGACUUCUGGGAACUUGGAGCGACUAGAGUAUAAACUGCAUGACUUUGGCUACAGGGGCGUCUCCUCACAAGAGACUGCAGGCAUUGGGGCCUCCGCCCAUCUGGUCAACUUCAAGGGCACAGACACGGUCGCCGGCAUCGGAGUCAUUAAGAAGUACUACGGCACCAAGGACCCUGUGCCAGGCUUCUCAGUGCCUGCUGCAGAGCACAGUACCAUCACAGCGUGGGGAAAAGACCAUGAAAAAGACGCCUUCGAGCACAUCAUCAAACAGUUUCCCAACGUGCCCGUAUCCAUAGUCAGCGACAGCUACGACAUCUACAACGCCUGUGAGAAGAUCUGGGGAGAAGACCUUCGGGGCCUGAUAGAGAAGCGCAGCGCAGAUGCUCCGCUGGUCGUUCGGCCGGACUCAGGAAACCCUCUUGAUACGGUUUUGAAGGUUUUAGAGAUCCUGGGUAAGAAGUUUGUUCCAGUGGAGAACUCUAAAGGUUAUAAGGUUCUCCCUCCUUACAUCAGAGUCAUACAAGGAGACGGAGUUGACAUCAACACACUGCAAGAGAUAGUGGAGGGUAUGAAGCAACACAGGUGGUCCAUUGAGAACAUUUCCUUUGGGUCCGGAGGGGCUCUGCUCCAGAAACUGACCAGAGAUCUGCUCAACUGCUCUUUCAAAUGCAGCUACGUGGUCACUAAUGGACUGGGGGUGAACGUGUUCAAGGACCCAGUGGCUGACCCCAACAAGAGGUCAAAGAAAGGUCGCCUGUCUCUGCACCGGACACAGAGCGGAGACUUUGUCACCCUGGAGGAGGGCAAGGGCGACCUCGAGGAGUAUGGCGUGGACCUGCUGCACACAGUCUUUCAGAACGGGAAGAUUGUGAAGACGUACACAUUUGAUGAAGUCAGAGACAAUGCUAAGCUCAAAGAGAGUGAGCUUGAAGAGCUGCUGCACUGAGCGCAGCACUACUGAACCCGCCCCCACCCUCCACCCUAACCCCCAAAACAACCCCUCCUUCCCCCCCCCUUUUAACCCUUCA